CUGUAUGUUUUCUACGCAUUUGAAGAUGUCACUUGCGUCAUCAUGUGAAAGAAGCUAAAUUCUAUAAAAUGGAAAGUGAAAUUGACACGGCAGUAGUAUGUUGUGAGAUUUAUCGAUUGCUAGUUUGGAAAUCUCGGAACGAUUAUUUCCAUGACACGGGUGGCAUUGCUGUUCGGUGCAUUGUUUGCACUGAGCCUAAGUUCUUCUAGUCACCCAGUCGACGGCGGCAACCUCAAUGCACAAACGGAAACCAGGGAUCUAGACACUGCUGAAUCAGCCGAUCCUCCACCAGUGCCACCUGUUCCUCCGGUACCACCUGUUCCGCAUAUUCCGCGACCACCGCCACCGGUUCCACCGGUCCCACCAGUGCCACCAGUGCCACCAGUUCCACCAAUUCCUUCGUCGUCACACUCCUCCUCGUCAGGUUCAGGGGUAAGCAUCUCAGAGUUCUUAGCAGGAUUGCUCGGAUAUCGCAGACGAUACAGUGCAAGUGCAUAUUACCCAACUUAUUAUGAUAGAAACUAUUAUCCGAAUUAUAAUUACGGUCGGUAUUAUCCGAGUUAUAGUUAUGGUCAAAAUUAUCCCAGUUACAGCUACGGAGGUUAUUAUCCGAGUUACGGUUAUAGUUACGGAUGAUACAGUCGAAAUAUGAGGUAUGAGGAGUACACUAGAAACAAAAUAGUGAAAAAAUUGAUGUACAGUUACACAAUAAAGUUGAGGUUGGAUUGUUAAUAAACUGGUGUGUGCCAAACUGAAUUGAAUAGACUGGUUUUCUAGGCAAAAACGAUAGGUAUAUUGUUCAUAAUUGGCUGUUAGUUUUAAAAUAUUUACACGAUACAUAAACGAGUGCGCUGUUUCAGUUUAAGAUCCAUUCAGGUUCGAUAUUACGCCACAUGACUUUUCAAUAAACAUCCAAACUGACACAUCGCAACAAGUGCUAAACAA